GCGGCUGAUCGCAGCGCCACCAAACCCCCGUUGGUGCGGAGUUCACUUCAAAUUUGAAUCUCGCGGACGAUCGUUGAAUGUCAGCAUCGGUUUCUCGAGGCAAUAACGACGGGAUUUGCGGUGUCAUCAAUUACAACGUUUGUGUUCACCUUUUGGCGUGCUUGUUUGAGGCUGACCCUGUUGGCAACAAGAGUGUCAAUUGUCUGCCAUGGCUACACAGGGUCGUUUUACCGUGUUCAGUGAUGAGAACGGAGUCGCUAAGGCAGACCAGCCUGCUAGAGUGAAAACUCGCCGGGCACCGCUCGGAGUUCUUUCGGACGUUAGCCAACAUGAGAGGGUGGCUCUAGCAUUGAAGCCAAACGCGGUGACGUCCCAUAACAUCUCGCAUAAAUCAGAGCGACAACAGCUCUGCGAUGAGAACGCAAUCAAGAAUAAGACAUCGACAGCAACAGCAGCUGCGGCUGACAAAGAAAAUCAAGCGACGUCAAUAGCCACUGCCGCCGUGUCCGAAACUGCAGCUGUACGAUCAAAAGUCGCUCCUACUGCUAUUAACGUAGGAAAAACUGAGCAACAACAAUCCUCGAGCUCACUCCGCGAGCCAUUUAAGGCGCUCGAUGUGUCCAUGGGCUCACCGAUGCCUUUGGGCUCUCCCAUGAUCGUUUCCCCGCUGCCCGAAACUCCAAAGACGCAGAACAAAGACCGCCAAGAAGAACUGCUCGAUGAUCUUUUUUUUACGCGCGAGUAUGGCGAUUCACAUUAUGCCUAUAUGCGAGACCUCGAGAGCCGGCUAAAUGUUCGUCCGGAUUAUAUGACGCGCCAGCGAGACAUCUCGUCGACAAUGCGCGCCGUCCUUGUUGACUGGCUUGUAGAGGUGAAUGAAGAGUACAAGAUGUCGGAUGAGACGCUGUUCUUAGCUGUGUCGCUGAUCGACAGAUUCCUGUCCGUGAUGUCUGUCGUGCGAGGCAAACUUCAGCUUGUUGGUACAGCGGCGAUGUUCAUCGCAGCCAAGGUUGAAGAGAUCUACCCGCCUCAGCUAACAGAGUUCGUCUAUAUCACCGACGACACGUACUCAUCACAACAGAUCAUCCGUAUGGAGGCGUUGCUUCUAAAGACACUUGGAUUCUCGUUAGGCAUAGCGCACUCACUUUCGUUUGUGCGUCGUUUUGCCAUUGAAGCUAAUGUCAGCCUCAAGGUGGCCCAUAUGGCCCAGUACAUCUGUGAGCUAUCACUGCUUAGCACCACAUCACUAGUGUAUCGACCAAGUGAAGUUGGCGCCGCAGCGCUCAUUUUGGCCAUGCAUCAUGUCGACCAUAACAUCAGCGGAUGGAACCAAAAAUUAAGCGACUUCGCUGGUCUCAACAACGAAAAGCUUCAAAAGGCCAUCGAUCAUUUACAUGAGAUUGCGUCCAGUGCAACGGCCUCACCGCACAAGGCUACGCCAGAGAAGUACGCUCACCAGAGGCUCUCCUCAGUUUCGUUACUGCCACUUCAGCCAACAGCGCCAAUAAUUUAGUUCUAUUGUUGUUACAUUGUGACAUAUUAAGCAGAAAACAAACGAAAACGAUUCAAGCAGAUAACUGUGUCUACUUUACGUUAUUAAAUGGAUGCAUGAUUUGACGUGACGAACCUUCAAACGGGAGAACCCAUUGAAAGUCAAGCUAAAAAGAACCAAACACCUAGAGGACAGGUUAAAGGGAAAAAAGUAGAAGAAAGGUAACACGUGACAAGGUCGAUUCCGCAUCGGCUGAGGAACAAAGACAUGGCUCGGAAAACAAGAAACGCCCGGAAAACUCGGGAAUUCAUUGAUCGGGCCAAGCUUGUAUUGUGUAUAUAAAAAAAGACAAAGUACAAAGAGGAAAAUAAUUAUAAUAAUACUAAUAAUAAUAACAACGGUUGCCCACAGUUAGGAGCAGCAGUUAUCAACGACAGAAGAACGUGACAAGUAACACGUUACCAAACGUAUUUCGAUAUGUCUAUUGUUACCGAUAUAUUUCGGUCUUUUAAUAAUAAUAAUAAUAGGAAUAAUAUUGUAUAGGCGAUAGCAGGUAUUGAUCAUCCUGGUCAUGGUACGCUUCUACGUAGGAUGAAAACGUGAUGCUUGUUUAAACUGGGUUGAAUGGAAUGAUGCUUAAAGAGACAGUCGCCUCUUUAAGUUCCUAGAAGAACGUAAUCAGUGAAUCUUCAUAGUAAGCUUAUGUUCAUAUCUAUACCCUAAAUCAGCUCGGUUUAGGAGAAGUAUGCUGUCAUUUUCUCCACUUUAUGAUAACACUGUCGCCUGUAUCCUAUUUGACGCUCUGCAUUCGUCUGUACACGACGAACAGCGGACUUAGAAACCUAAUAAAAAUGUCUUUGUGGUGUGCGUGAAUGAUGGAGAAAAGUGAUAUCCGCGAAAUGCGUGGCGAAAUUGCGGAUCCGUUCUGUAUAUACCUCGAUAACGUUUUUGAAUAUGCUACUAAACAUCAAUAUACAUGAUUUUAGUAUAUAUAUAUAUAUAUAUAUAUAUAUAUAUAUAUAUAUAUAUAUAUUCCGCAGCUGCUAUGAUUGGCAGAUCUGAACUUUUAUUUAUGAAACAAAUGAGGGUGAUGAGGAACAAACAUACUACGGGAUGUCAGAGAGUGCCGCGUGCGAUGGUAAUUUGAGUCCUUCGCGCAUUAUCUUGCGGUUCUAUCACAUCGAUCGAGUGAACGAAGGGUAAACGAAAGUCGAAGGAUACAAGGGGCAGAAUAAUUGUACAUAAUUUGAAUACAAUGUAUACACUUCUAUAUUAGCUACUCGUAUGGCGUAUUCUAUUGCUACAAGGGGUUUAUUUGAAAAAUGAAAGCCCAGCCCCAGAAGGUUAACAACCACGAAAGCUAUAAAGACUGAGAAAAAGGAGAUACACUUUCUUCUACAUGGAGAAACCAAAUGGGUUGGGGAAAUAAAUAAAUUUGUACCGUAAAUAUUAGGCUUUUCAAUGAAUGUAAAUAUACAUGACCAUUUGUUGACUGAAAAUUUGUUUACGGAUAAAACAGCGGCUGUGAAGCCUUGUGUAUUAAUUAACAAAUGAUGGCGUGCAAUGCGAUCAAAUAUGGGGUAGCACGCACAACAUCAAAAAUUAGAUUGACGAUAAGACAAACAAACAGGCAUGCAUCUUUUUUCACUAAUAUAGUACAGCAUGCGUCAUAAACUUAUCGUAAUAAAAUUAUAUUAAUGAUUGCGUGCGCAGCAAGUUUAAAAAAUACUUGCAUGCUUUCUAAGGAACUUAACUUUCUAAGGAAAAGUUAAGGCUUUCAUAGAAAGCACUGCUCUUGUCAGUCUAUAGGUGAUAUUUGAAGUCCAAUAGAUACGAAAUUAUUCCGACAAGGUUUUUCGAUGCCUAGCCGGAGAACUGGCAUAUGGGCGGUGUACAACUUACUCUCGGAAAUGUUAGUGCUCAAAUAAAAUUUAAAUGUAACAUUAAUUAUCAAUUAGAGGAACAAUGCGCAUUUUAUAAGUAUAUUUUGCUAUUUUUAGUGUUGAAUGCUGGCAAAACAAACUGAUCUAUAAAUUUAUUUCGGCUUAAAGCAAAGUGGAAAACUGCGAUGUAAAUUCUCCCUUUAUUAUAAAGUAUACCUUAAGCUCUAGUAAAG